GCAAAGUCACCGAUUUCCUGUGUCUCCCGGCUCGAGUCUGCGCAGUAGAGUCGGAUCAGAGCAGGACUGACCUGUCGGAGAUGUUUAAUCUGCCUUUCUUUGACUUUAAUCUCAGCACUUCCUGGUAAACAAACCAUGGCAGCUCCGGAGGCUCCAGAGGAGAAGUUCAGUCUGCGGGAGGUGCUCGACACGUUCAAGCUGUGUCUGUCCGAGGAUAAAGAGGUCUAUGUCGAACACUACGUGGCUGGCUGGCGUGGACUCAUCAAGUUUCUCAACAGCUUGGGCAGCGUCUUCGGCUUCAUCUCCAAGGAUGCUGUCAACAAGAUCAAGAUCCUGGUCACACACCUGGAGGGCGAGAACAGCUCUGAGUACGUCACUGUCCAGUCCAUGGUUAAAUAUGAGCUGGAGAAUGAACUGGUGGACCUGAACAAGAGGGGGAACCACCCAGAGUCGGGCUGUCGUACUCUCCUGAGGCUCCACCGUGCUCUGAGGUGGCUGGAGCUCUUCCUGGAGCGUCUCCGGACCAGUGGCGAGGACGGAAAGACGUCCGUCAUGUGUGCCGAGGCCUACAAUGAGUCUCUCUCUCAGCAUCACCCGUGGGUGGUGCGUAAAGCUGCAGGCAUGGCGUUCUGCGUGCUGCCGGGGCGUCCGGCCUUCUUCGAGGUGAUGAACGUGGGAACCCCGGAGCAGGUCGUGGCCAUGUUGGGUGAUGCUCUGCCUCUCAUCUCUGAGGUGUACCAAGUCACAGAGGAACUGUACGCCCAACACAACCUGCUCGAUUUACCGUGAAGGGCUGUUAUUACAAGUUACAUGAGUACAACUCGUCUCUGCUGAAGGGCUGUCCAGCUCGCUACUACUCUUGUUUGGUGGUUCAAGUGUUUAAUAUAAAACUACUGUUGCAUGAUUAACUUUACUCUGUAAUGCACCUGUGAAUUAUCUUUUUAAUGCGUCUUGUGUUUGUUUACAGCGGGAGUCCAAAAGUCUCUCUCUGCUAACAGCUGGGACCAACUUCAUAUGUGGGGAUACAUUAAUCUGCAACUGUUUUGAGAAUCAAUAUUUUUUUUGUUUCAAGCAAAAGCACCAAACAUUUGAUGCCUUCAGGCUCUCUGUUUUUUCUCGCUCACAUCGCAGUAAAUUAAAAGUUUUUGGGUCUCUGAUUGGCAAAGUGGCUACUGAUUAAAAUAUUUGUUAGUUGCAGCUCGUUAUAGAACUGAUACUCUGAGAAAUGUUUGUCCAUUAGGUCAGAUGUUUGAUGUUCUCGUGUCAUAGUUAAUUCAGAUAUUAACACGUUUAUGCUCCUGUUACACAGUGGGAAUUACUGAUUAUCUAUCUAUCAUUUAGAUAAUCAGAGAUUGGAUGUUUUUUACCAGCUACAUAAAUUAUUACAGCCUUGUAGGAGAAAUGCAGACAAACAGCAGACCGCAGCCUUAAUGGCACACAGUUUAUAACAUACUCAAACAUGACGAGACAGAAGAGCUGUGGACGUGUUCACCAAAUAUAAAUACUACUAAUAAUGUUUUUACUUUAGAAAUGUUUUAUGAACCAAGUCAUGGACUUUUCAUUUAAUUUAUGAAUGAUGAAAUAUGUUAUUCUUUAUUUGAAGUGAACGUACUGUACUGCACAUAUUGUAAAUAUAUGUUACCAUUAAAUCAACAGAAUUUAUACAAUGUGUAGCUUAAUAAAUUAAAAAA